UGGCAGCAAGUAUUUAGUUGGUGAUCGUUACACCGUGGCUGAUUUCGCUUUAUUUGGAUGGGCAUUCAGGUUGAAGGCUUUAGACAUCGAUAUCCAUCAAUGGCCAUUAUUGGGUAAAUGGCAUGAUGCUUUAGCCGAAUUGCCCGAAGUGCAAAAAGGAGUCAGAGCAGUUCCACCAAAAUGGUUAAAAGAGCAAGAUGAAAAAUCAAAAGCUUAA